AUGUCGCUAAAUGGUCGCGAUGACUCGGCCGAUUCGGUAGUUCAAGCACGCAGUGAUGGCAAGCGUCAUUUGUUGCUAGCAGCUACUGGCUCUGUUGCCACUAUCAAAAUCUUCCAGAUCGUCAAAGCUCUCUCGACGCGGGAUAACCUCUCAAUACGGCUCGUCUUCACACCAUCGGCCGCCCGCUUCCUCGACGGUCAGUCGGCCGAGCAGCCGUCACUGGCUGAGAUCGCACGCUUUCGCAACGUCGACGCUAUAUACAAUGAUGCCUCAGAGUGGACGACCCCGUGGACUCGUGGAUCACCAGUCCUACACAUUGAGUUGAGGAAAUGGGCCGACCUCAUGGUGAUUGCGCCUUUGAGCGCCAAUUCCAUGGCGAAAAUGAUAACGGGAAUAUGCGACUCGCUGCUCCUCUCAGUGGUUCGAGCUUGGGAUACGACCGGCUUCGUUGACGGGACGGGCAACCUAAAUAUGAAGAGGAAGAUUGUCGUGGCUCCCGCUAUGAACACCUGCAUGUGGAGACACCCCAUCACCGCUCGCCAGAUCAAGACACUCGAAGAAGACUGGGGAGGCGACCAAGGUUGGGUCGAAGUCAUAAGGCCAAUCGAGAAGCCUCUGGCUUGUGGUGAUGUCGGGGAUGGCGCCAUGGCCAGCUUCGAAACGAUAGUCUCUGUUAUUGACGAGAAACUUGGCUUCUAG